AUGAAGCUCUCAACUGGGUUUUGUCUGGCAUUUGUUGCAUCUUCUGUCUAUGCCACUCCUACGAAAUCAGGCUUUGUGUCUCUAGAUUUCGUUGGCACCAGAGCAAAUACUCAUCCAAUUGGUAGAUACAAUGAUAAUCCCAAGUACUUUCACCCCCCUCAACAAGUGUCAUCGAGCUCCAGCGGACUUAAGCGUCGAGAUUCUAAUGAUGACUCGUUCUCUGUUUCAUUGGGAAAUCAGUUCACGUUUUAUCAAAUAAGUCUUGAAGUUGGUACUCCUUUUCAAACUUUUCUUCCUGCUAUCGAUACUGGAUCCAGUGACUUGUGGGUUAGUAGCAGCAAUAAUCCUUUUUGUGCUAGAAACCAACAGGAAAUCGACGAGGGCUUCGCUGAUUGUUCUUCAGGUACCUUCAAUGCAAACAAAUCUUCGACUUUUGUUUUCAACAAUAGUGACUUUUUCAUUCAAUACGCGGAUGGCUCCUUUGCUCAGGGUGAAUGGGGUACAGAUACUCUCAAGAUAGGAACUAUUGUCUUAACGAAUUCAUCAAUCGCAGUUGGCCUUGAGGCAAAUUCCAGUCAGGGCGUUUUCGGUAUCGGAUUCCCUGGUCUCGAAUCUACGAAUCAGGAAACUGGUCAAGGUGGGCCACCACCUUUCCAUCACCAUGGUGGCGAUGGUGGCGAUGGUGGUGACGGAAGCGGAAAUGGUGGAAACGGACAGGGCGGCGACACCGAAAAUGGACCAAGCCAACAAACUGGUCCUUUCACAUAUGAGAAUGUUCCCCAACUUCUUAAGACUCAAGGCCAUAUUGACACAGUUGCGUACUCACUGUGGCUUAACGACGUCAAUGCUCAAUCUGGGGAAAUUUUGUUUGGCGCUGUUGAUCAUGAUAAAUACAAGGGUACACUAAUGACCAUACCCCUUAUUCAGUCGGUACCUGGUUUCAAUCAACCAAUUGAGAGGAUGAUGGUAGUCCUGUCUGGUCUGUCCUUGCAGGAUAGCACUGGAAAAGAGUCACUUGUAAUGGCAGGUUCAACUGCUGCUCUGCUCGAUUCAGGAACUACCUUCAGCUACCUCCCGAAUGAUGUGGUUAGUUCACUCAGUAAUGCACUCGGUGCUGAAUUCUCAGAAGACGUUGGUGCUUACCUCACUGAUUGUAAUGUUCAGAAUGGCAACACCUCUCUAAUUUACAACUUCAGUGGUGCCAACAUCACAGUUCCUUUAUCAGAAAUUUUAUUCGAGGUGACUGAUAAUAACAACAACCCCAUUACGUUUAACAAUGGAAAUGAGGCAUGUGUUAUCGGUAUUUUUCCUUCGGAUGACGUUAUUCUUGGAGAUUCUUUCCUUCGCAGCGCUUUUGUUGUAUACGACCUCGAUAAUUUUGAAGUUUCUAUUGCAAACACGAACUAUAACUCGACAUCAAGUAAUAUCGAGGCUAUUUCUGGUAGUGUUCCUAGUGCUGUUAAGGCUCCUAACUAUAGCUCCACUCAGGUUGCUACCUCAGUUCAAGCGGAAGCCGUUACUGGCGUAUUUUCUGGUGUAUCUGGUACUCCAGGUCCUUUCGAGACUGGUGCAGACGCUUCUGCAGAUAUCACUUCGUCUCCCACUCCUACUCACUCCCACUCAGGUACGUUUAAAACUGGUUCUUCUCUCUCUUCAUCCCUUGGUGCUGAUAUUUCUACAUCUGGAGAUAGCAUGUCAAGUGCUCCAAGUGCGUCGUCUGAUUCCAGUUCUUCUACUGGGGCAUCAGGUAUGUUUGUAAAAUACAAGAGUGUUGAAAUAUCGCGCUAG